CCAGGUGGCUGCACAUUCCGCUGUACCAUGCCGAGCGUGCCUGGGCGUACGCGAUGGAGCUGAAGCACGCGACCGACGGUCCGACAACUAGGAUGAGGUUUCACCUGCUGAAGCGGUUACAGAAGGCCGCCAAGCUUGCGGACAAGUUUGCGGCGCUCUGCGCACAGAGGGCGGACGAUCAGACGUCACUCGAAGCUGAGGCGUAUGCUGCGUACAUGUGGGGAAGCUUGUUGCUCGAGCGGGAGAGCGACUGGCAAGAGGCCCUGAAACGAUUCUCGAAAGCGAAGACGAUCUACGAGCAGUUGGGGACUGUGGGGACCGUCGAGCAGCGCGUGCUGUGUCGGGAGCGCGUCGAAGAGCUCGAGCCGAGCAUACGGUACUGCAAAUACAAAAGCGGGGGUGGCGCGCAAGCGGAGGAUCUUUCCGAGCUGACGAACCAGGAGGGGCCGGGGAUGGACAUCUUGCAGUCGAAACUAGAGAUGGUGAUGGAGGAGGCUCGGGCGAAGCAGGCGGCCAGCAUGACGGAGCUGCCGUGGCAAGGACGGCGCCUCCCGGUGCGGAACGAGAAGACACGCGUGUGCAUACUGCGGGUUGACGACUUGAUGAAGGACCUGGAAGGUUCCGCGAGCAGCCCGCUGACGCACGAGCGCCGGUUGGGCAUCUACGACAAGGUGUUCGUAGCGCUGCAGGACGCCAAGAAACACGUGCGGGACGACCUGGCCUCUGCGGGAGGGGCCACCGCCCCAGCUGACGUGGCGGACGAGCUGCAGUCGCUGGACAACGCGGUGAGCGGAAUGCUUCUGCAGCGGACCAUCGAGCGGAACCAGCUGUUCGUAGAAGCCGCUAAGGCCAAGCUCGAGCGACAGGAGCGGGGGCUCCCAGGGGAGAAGGGCGAGAAGGCGGCACGGCCGGAAGACUUGGUACGACUGUACGACACGUUGCUCCAGAAUGUGUCGGAUCUUUCGGACAUCGCAACUUCGGUACGCAAUCGGAAGGAAGAGGACGUCGAACUCGAGAAGGCUUGCGAGGCGAAGCAACUUGCGCUGCGGGCCUCUAGGUGCUUCUACGUGGCCCAGUCUUACUCCAACGCAGCCAAAUUCGCGGAAGCGUACGUGCUGUUCAAGCGCGCGGCGGAACAGGCGCAAUCGGCAUCAGAAGCGUACCGAAAAGUGAAACGCCCGGACGAGAGAGACGUUGCGGACGCUCAGGACGUCUUGAGCCGCGCUCGGACGCAGCGCAGCCUGGUGCACGCCCGGGGGUGUGCUGAGGCGGCGCGCUCGGAAGAGGCCGUGCAGAAGGGGGUGAAGAAACUAGACCUGAGGGACGCGGCGGUGAAAGAUAAGGGUGAACGGAAACCAACUCUUCUAGAAGCGCUCGACGAGUACGUUCCUGCCAUAGGGGCCGCGAAUUCAAAGGAAGCUCCCCGGAUAGCGGAGAUACCCCCGGCGUUCCAAGCCGUGCCCUGUCGACCAAUCGUGUUGGAUACAGCUCUGAACGCGAUCACCUUCCCGUCACUGGAACACAAGGUUAAGAAGGAAGAGAAGAAGAGUGGCCUGCUCGGUUGGUUCCGAAGGUAGCAGACCGUGGGUUAUGUCUUGUGCGGACGAAGGUAUCAUUGCCAGCGCAGUCCUGUAUUAUGCAGAGAGUUCGAAGCCACGAGGUUGUGAGAAGCAGCACCGCGAGCGCUGCGACUCUGUUUUUGAAGCAGCCCUUGAUCAUGCACGUUGUCUGAUUAUUAGUAUGACCAGACAUCUUUG